UUCAUUCCACUUUGUACAAAGUUACUGCAAAAAGUGUUUCUGAAAUGGUCAAAGUGUCGAGUGCAACCGGAGGAUUUCUGGCCCACCAUGUUCAGUUCUGAAAUGGAAAACACUCUCAGGUAUGUGCUGUGGAGAGAUAUGACAAAGAGAGUGCGCCCGGGUGGACUAGCCAUUAAUGUACCUUUAGUCGGUCUUGAUGGUAAAAACAAAAUGUUGCUGGACUUUCAAAAAGUUGGAAGACCUUUGGUUGUUAACUUUGGCUCUUGCACCUGACCCGAAUUUAUGGCGGACCUGCAGAAAUUUAGCAGAAUUUGCCGGGUUUUUCAACAAGAGGUUGACUUUCUUCUUUUAUACAUCGAGGAAGCACACCCUACGGAUGGAUGGGCGUUUGAGGUGAGACCACUUUUUGGUAUAUAAAAGAAGCGGAUCAUAUCAGGGCCAUUAUUGUGUGGAGUGCUCUGUAGAAACAAAAUUGGACAGCUGCAGAACUAAUGUUUGAUAUACGAAGGUGUUUCCUUGUGCGGCCAUAAAAAGCUCUAAUAAUGUUGGGUAGGGUAUGAAGGGAGCCUUUGCAAACCAAAAAACUAGUUCACGAAGGGAAUUAACUUGCAACCUCUUUUUCAGUAUUUCAUAACUUACACUUUUGAUUACGUUUAUACAACUUAAAUUAAUCUUAGUUCCCUUUAUACGUUACACAUUGUAAGAUGAUGAAGAUUUUUAUCCAGUGCUACAUACUGCAAAAUAAAAGGGACAAGUAUCAUUUUGCUUUCAACGGCCCGAAACUAUCUUAGACUAUCUUAUUACGUAAUACAGCCUAUGCAUAUAAAAAGAACUUUAUUUUGUCCAGGAUAAAUGAAUGACAUUGUCAGUUCCUCUCAGGUUUCUCAACUGAAACAUAAUCGUAUCUCAGAGCCCGGCUUCCGUAAAAGGUGCCCAGUGCCGGUAAAUAAAGUUCCGCGUUUAUGCGCCGACCAAGGUAACACUUUGCAGCUACACAUUCUGUUUUUAUGAUUUAUCCUCUAAAUUCUGUUGUAUCAUAAACAACAACAAAAAUUUGACUCCUGGACGCGCGGCAAAACAGCGUUACCAGCCAGUCGGUCAGUAAAAAAUAGCAGUCAGAUACUGUACUUUCAUCAAAUUCAUUACUGGUAUGUCUACCUUUGUCUUUUUCAUGUACUUUUCAUGAUUCAUGUAUCCAUCAAUUUUGUAAUGAACACCUUUUAAUUGGUUGCAUCAAUUAUCCUCACGAAAGUAUAUCUCAUCUCUAUAUACAAUGCUUUAAUCUCAAACCUUCACCAGGAGGACCACCAUAACCCAUUUCAUCCUUUAAGCCCCAGUUUGAUGAGGUUUCAGUACAAACGCAGCUUUCGCGAUGGAUCCUUGCAUCUUGAGCUAUGACAAACGAGAGCCAAGUGCAAUACAUUUUUUUUCUCAGGGGAGAAAAAGAACAAAACAUGCGUCAUUAGUAAAAAAGGUGAACAAUUCCUCGUGUUGAUUUUUACUGGACUAGAAAGAACAAAAAGAUUUGAUGUUUAUUGCCUACCAAGUAGUUAUUGUUUUUUUAGAACAACUACAACAUACCACAACAUCGUACCACCCAAGAGAGAUGCCAAGCUGCCAAGUUACUGCAGGCUCAGUGUCCUGCUGUUGAGGUUCAAGUGGCAGUCGAUACCAUGUGGAAUACUGCUAAUGCUGUUUACGGUGCCAUACCAGAAAGACUUUACAUCAUCAAGGAUAGUACAGUUUUGUAUCAGGGGGGAGUGGGACCUUUUAGAUAUGACCUCAGUGAAAUGCAGAAUUGCCUAAGUCAUAUGAUUACAGGCGGGGACAUUAAAUUUAAGUAG